UCAUCGGUUUGGGUGUCUACUGCAUGAGGGUAUCUGCUACAGCGUCAGAUCCUCUUUAAGUUUCUGAAUUAUUUUCCCUUUUAUCUUUUUUAAUAGGUUUUCCUGGAUUUAGUUUCUUCUGAGUUUACUCGAUGCUAGUUGUUUCUUGGACAUGUGGAGUAUAGUAGUCAAUGAAGUUUGAGCUGCUGGCCAGGGCAAGGAAUUCAAUCUAUAUUGUAUAAACUGUUGCCCAUUCUUGGUGAUAUUUUGGAUAGAGGUAUCCUUUUAACUGGGCUCUAACUUAUAGCUGCUUCUCCUGAGACAACUUUAAAGACACUCAGUGGUUGAUGGGCAAAUUGCCUACUCCACACUUUCAUAUGUUUGCAUGUAUUGAUGGGGACAGAAUGCAUAAGAGCUCAAAUUAGAGAAGAAAACGUUGAGUCGUCUGUUCCACCUGGUUUUGUGUCACUUACAUCCUUCACCUUAAAGAGGGUAGAAGAUAGUGAAAUCAUGAUGAGUUACUUGGAAUCUUCCAUUGCAUCUGAACCGCAGCCAGCUAAGUUGGACACCAAGGGUGACGUUAGUGAUGAUUUGAAGAUUCCUAGGACUCUUAGGCGUCGGCCAUGGAUAAACUACAGUCAAUUUGAAAACAGCUCAGAGGAGGAGUCUGACUCUGAACAGGUUGAUCAGGAUUAUCCUCCAAGACCUGUCCUUCCUAAAGGUGUUAUCCGUGGAUGUUUAGAGUGUACUAACUGCCAAAAGGUUAUAGCAAGGUGGCGUCCUGAAGAUGCACGCAGGCCUGUUCUGGGGGAGGCACCUGUAUUCUACCCAACUGAAGAGGAAUUCAAAGAUACACUAAAGUAUAUUGCGAGUAUACAUCCAAGAGCAGAGCCAUAUGGAAUUUGCCGCAUUGUUCCUCCUCCUUCCUGGAAACCUCCUUGCCCCCUGAAGGACAAGAAUCUAUGGGAAGGUUCUAAAUUUGCCACCCGUAUCCAGCGGGUUGACAAGCUUCAAAAUCGGGGUUCAGUGAAAAGGAUGUCUAGAAUUUCUCAUCAUAUGAAGAGGAAAAGGAGAAGAUGUCUGAAAAUGGGGGUGGAUUCUGGAAUUGUUAACGGAGAUGGCAUGGAUCCUGAAAAAGUUGGAUGCUAUGAGGGAGAGACAUUUGGUUUUGAACCUGGUCCACAAUUCAGUCUUGGAGCUUUUCAGAAAUUUGCAGAUGAUUUCAGGGGGCAAUAUUUUCGGAAGCUUGACAUCGAUACAGGUUCAGGGGCUAAUCAAAGCAUGCUUCAAAAGCAGCAGGAACCUUCAGUUAAAGAUAUUGAGGGUGAGUAUUGGCGGAUGGUUGAGAAGCCAACUGAAGAGAUUGAGGUUCUAUAUGGGGCUGAUCUGGAAACUAAAGUAUUUGGCAGUGGGUUCCCAAAGGUGUCCCCUUAUUGUGAGGACCAAUAUUCAAAGUCAGGCUGGAACUUGAACAAUUUCCCUAGGCUCCCGGGGUCUGUUCUCUCUUUUGAAAGCAGUGAUAUUUCAGGCGUUCUAGUUCCAUGGUUGUACAUUGGGAUGUGCUUUUCAUCAUUUUGUUGGCAUGUUGAGGACCACCACUUGUACUCACUAAAUUACAAUCAUUGGGGUGCUCCAAAAAUAUGGUAUGGUGUGCCAGGAAGAGAUGCUUUCAAGUUGGAGGCAGCUAUGAAGAAGCAUUUGCCUGACUUGUUCAAAGAGCAGCCCGACUUGCUCCAUAAGCUGGUCACACAACUGUCACCUUCCAUAUUAAAGUCUGAGGGGGUAUCUGUCUGUAGGUGUGUUCAGGAACCUGGGCAGUUUGUUCUCACCUUCCCUCGAGCCUAUCAUGCAGGAUUUAAUUGUGGUUUUAACUGUGCGGAGGCGGUAAAUGUUGCCCCUGUCGACUGGUUGCCUCAUGGGCAAAAUGCCACAGAGCUAUACCGUGAGCAGGGGCGAAAGACAUCUAUUUCCCAUGAUAAGCUGUUGCUUGGUGCUGCCAGAGAAGCAGUUAGAGCACAGUGGGAACUUUCAUUAUUAAAGAAGAAUACAUUGGAUAACUUGAGAUGGAAAGAUGUCUGCGGAAAGGAUGGGAUCUUAGCGAAGGCGCUGAAGGCACGUGUUGACAUGGAACGCACAAGGAGGGAAUAUCUUUGCACAUCUUCACAGUCAACAAAGAUGGACACCAGCUUUGAUGCGACAAGUGAGAGAGAAUGCAUCAUAUGUCUUUAUGAUUUGCACCUAUCUGCGGCAGGUUGUCAUUGUUCCCCUGACAGAUAUGCAUGCAUGAAUCAUGCAAAGCAGCUUUGCUCUUGUGCUUGGAGUGACAAAUUUUUCCUCUUCCGUUAUGAAAUUAGUGAAUUAAAUGUCCUAGUUGAAGCUUUGGAAGGAAAAUUAAGUGCGAUUUAUAGAUGGGCAAAACAAGAUCUUGGACUGGCUUUAAGUUCCUUCAUCUCCAAAGAUAAAUCGCAGGUACUAGGGCUUGUCCAUAAACCAUCCCAGUUCUCAGAAGAAACAAGACAAGGAGAGCACAAAUUGCAAGAUGCAGUAAAUUUUGCCAGCAUUCCCACUUCUGGAUCAUAUCCAGAAACUAAGGCACCUACUCUUCAAGUAACACCCAUAAAAGAACCUCAUGAACAAAACACAGCGAUCACAGUGCUCAAAACUGGUGACAACCUUUCAAAUGCCUGUACAAUACAGAAAGAGAGGACGUCUGAAGCUUUGUUAGCUUCUAAGGGUGUGUACUCAAGUGCACCAGGGCAGGUCUCACAUGAAAAAGCAACAGUGGAUCAAAGCUUUCAGUUGAGGGAACCAGGAGGCCUAGUUUCAGGUCCCGUUCUUGGCACUCCUUGUGGGAUCUUUGGAGAAGACUCAUCAUAUGCUAAGUUACCUGGUGGUACUUGUAGUGGACAUGACACUCCAGCAUACUCUUCCGUCAUUCCCGGGGGUAAUCCUUUGACCAACUUGGCCACAGUGGCCCGUAAAGUGAACCACCUGGCUACAAUGGAAGAUAGUGAUGUUGUACUUCUCAGUGAUGAUGAGGAUGAAGAGCCGCAUCGGUCAUUCUCAAGCAAAGCCAUUGGAGAAUCCAUCGUAAAAGACCUGGAAGUUUCUACAAGACUGACAAAUUGUGAUGAUAAGCUGAGUUCCUGCAACUACAAGAAGGAUCAAGCACUGGAUAUACCUGAGACCAAUGCGUCAGUGAUCAGUGAAGGGGAUUUUAAAUUGUUAGCUAAUAUGCAAACGGAUGAUAAAAUCUCUGGCCCAGUGACACUUAAUGUUGCAGAUCUUGGAAAAGGCAAAACUGAGCACAACUUUGGGAAAUUGAAUGAUACACUGCAGAAACUUACUUGCAAUGAAAGUGGUUCUGCCAGUGCAGCUUCUGGGCAAAACAUCCAGGAUGUUAUCUCUUACAGAGAAACUGGAGAAUGCAAUGUAUCAAAAGCCAAGAUCUCUCUUCAGCAAUCACAGCCAUAUGGUAAUGGAAAAUCAAACAGGGAUAGCGAUGAAAAGGUGGGAUUGCCUGUCAACCAUAUGUUAAUGGAUAGGCCACGGCCUGUUAUUGCGAGCCAAUCUUCUUCCCCCAAUAAUCUGGACAGAUAUCUUCGUCAUAAAGGUCCUCGCAUUGCAAAAGUGGUGCGAAGGAUCAAUUGCAAUGUUGAACCUUUAGAAUUUGGGGUUGUGCUUUCUGGAAAUUUGUGGUGUAGCAGCCAUGCCAUAUUUCCCAAAGGAUUCAAGAGUCGAGUUAUGUACAUUAGUGUUCUAGAUCCAAUGAAAAUGUGUCACUAUGUAUCAGAAAUUCUUGAUGCAGGACUCUUCAGGCCUCUUUUUAUGGUUACUGUGGAGCAGUGCCCAAAUGAGGUGUUCAUACAUCUUUCUGCUGCUAAAUGCUGGGAAUUAGUUAGAGAAAGAGUGAAUCAAGAGAUAAGGAAACAGCAUAAUGCGGGGCGAAUGGACCUUCCCCCAUUGCAGCCCCCUGGAAGUCUCGAUGGCCUGGAAAUGUUUGGAUUCUCUUCUGCGGCAAUCAUUCAGGGUAUAGAGGCAAUUGAUCGGAACCGGGUCUCUACUGAGUACUGGAAAUCCAGGCCCCAGAUCCUGGAUUCACGUGAUUGUCAAUCUGGAAACGUGGUCGGAGAUCCCAGCCUGAAGAGCAAGGGGGACUCCACCAAUCAAGAGGCAGUCAAGGGAAUUGAUAAUCACCCCUCAACCAUUGGGAUUGACACAGUGCUCAGGGGCCUCUUUAUGAAGGGAAGUCCAGAAGAAUUACAUUCACUGUACAGUAUACUAUGCAACAACCAACCAAAUGCUGAUAGAGAACUCCUAGCUCAGGUUCUUGAUGAGGAGAUUCAGAAGCGGCCUAUGAAUCACAGGCCUAGAAUGGAAGCUUGUCUAAUAGGAUGUCAGGUAAAGUGAUGGAGGUGGUGCUACUGCUCAUCUUUUAAUGUAAACAAGACUGAGGGAGAACUGAAG